CCACCGCACAGGUGUCCUCUCAGUCUUCGCUUUCCAACGAACGCCAAAAUGUAUCGACUUUUUUCCCAAAAUUCGCAAGAAAUUGGAGAGAAAGACGCAAGCUUUGGCCUUUUGCAGGCGGCAAUUCCGAUUCUGCUCCUGAAUUUGGCAAGUAAUUCCAAAAUCUUUGGUGGGUGCGCGAGCGUGGGUGCGCCAGUUCUUGAACCCAUCACCAAUGUCCGCACGGCGAGAAGACCGAGAAGCGUGGGCGCUGUCUGCAUCGCCUCCUUCUGAUCAGUGAGGAUAACAAAAUUUAUGGCGAUUGGUCGAACACCCUGAAACUGCGCGAACCCAUCUCUCUCUCUCUCUCUCUUCCCGUGCUUUGUUGGCUUCGCCCAUCUGGAGCUUUCUGGCUUUGUCUAUAAAGAUGGCUGCGGCUCCUUUCGUACACGCGCGAUGCGGUUGCUCGCCGAGGCUCGGUGGCAGUUUCAGGAACGGCUCGCACGGAUCGAUUGGUUCUAGCUCGUACCCUUCUUCAUCUACCACGCCGUGUGCUUCUUCUUCUUCUUCUCCGACGUCGUCGUCGUCGUCGUCGUCGUCGUCGUCUUCGUCUUCUUCUUCAAUCGGAAUAAGUAACAACAGAAACUACCACGGUUUUAGGGCUCAAGCUAUGAGCACUACUACUCGAGGAACAUCACCGUGGGGAGCUAUGAGUCUAAAAGAUGAACCAGACCAUCUGCUUGUUCUGGUACAUGGCAUCCUAGCAAGCCCAAGUGACUGGAUAUAUGUAGAAGCAGAACUUAAAAGGCGCUUGGGAAGAAACUUCCUCAUAUAUGCGAGUUCGACUAACACUUACACUAAAACAUUUGAUGGUAUUGAUGGGGCUGGAAGACGACUAGCUGAUGAAGUAAUGCAAGUAGUUCAAAAGACAGACGGUCUGAAGAAGAUAUCCUUUUUAGCUCAUUCCCUUGGUGGGUUGUUUGCAAGAUAUGCUCUAGCCGUGCUAUAUUCUGCAAGUGCUUCGCUUACAGACCAAUUAGAGGAUUAUAUGUCUAUAUCUUCAAAUAUGGAGAAAUCCUCAUCCAAGCAAGGUUUGAUUGCUGGAUUGGAACCAAUCAAUUUUAUCACUUUGGCGACUCCUCAUCUGGGCGUGAGAGGGAGGAGACAGCUUCCUUUCCUCCUAGGUGUCCCCUUCUUGGAAAAACUUGCUGCACCAAUGGCUCCAUUUGUAGUUGGCCGAACUGGAGCCCAAUUAUUCCUAACAGAUGGCAAACCUAACAAACCUCCUCUUCUACUGCGAAUGGCGUCUGAUUGUGAAGAUGGAAAAUUUCUAUCUGCUCUUGGUGCAUUUAGAUGUCGAAUUCUUUACGCUAAUGUCUCGUACGACCACAUGGUGGGCUGGCGCACAUCAUCGAUUAGAAGGGAAAGAGAACUCAUAAAGCCUCCUCGUCGUUCUUUGGAUGGGUACAAACAUGUAGUAGAUGUUGAGUAUUGUCCACCCAUAUCCUCAGAUGGCCCACAUUUUCCACCAGAAGCUGCAAAAGCCAAGGAGGUUGCACAGAAUGAACCUAGCAUAAAAAAUACUGUCGAGUACCAUGAAAUAAUGGAAGAGGAGAUGAUAUGCGGCUUACAACAGUUAGGAUGGAAAAAAGUUGAUGUCAGCUUUCACUCGGCAUUCUGGCCCUUCCUGGCCCAUAAUAACAUUCAUGUGAAAAAUGAAUGGCUUCAUAAUGCUGGUGCUGGAGUGGUUGCUCAUGUUGCUGACAGCCUGAAACAACAAGAGUCCUCCACAAUAAUAGCUGCAAGCUUAUAGCAGGUGUAAUGUCUAAAUGUAUAUUAGUGUCGCGAAUUGAUGGUAAAUGCUUUUGGUUCACUGUGCUGGUGCUUUGGUUCGCCAUUCGUAAAGUUCCCUUUUCCUUUUUGUGUUGCACUUGUGACUGCAAUCCUUGCAGAUGAUGGCACUCCUUAGAUGUGCCUUCGGGCGUUUGUCAGGAAAAGCAAAAUGCAGAAAAUCCCUCUCAGUGGUAGAUCCAAAGUCAACAUGAAAUUUGCAUAAUGUUAUGUCUCGUCCGUCUUGAGCAUGUAUUCUUUCGAGGAUCAUAUUGAGCAAUGAAAUUUAAUUGUUCAUGUUUUU